AGACCUCCUCUCUCGGUAGGAACCGGUGGGAGAGAGAGAGAGAGAGUGUGUGAGGGAGUGAGGGAACGAGAGCAGACAGUAAUGGAGAAAGCUCUGACGAAGGUGGGAAGCUUAAAAGCUGGGAGCUUUUGGAUUUCCCGUAAAGCCAAGGAGGAGAUCUCCAACAUUACUGAAGACAUCACUUCUAUCUCCAAUACUGUUGAAGAGAAGGCUAAAUGGAUCUUCAACAAACUAAAAGGCAAGCCUUCAAAGGCCCUACCAGAUCUCCUUCGAGAGUACAACCUACCAUCAGGCCUCUUUCCCCGGAAUAUUACUUGUUAUGAGUUCGAUGAAUCAAAGGCUAAGCUGAUCGUGUACCUGCCUUCUACCUGUGAGAUUAGCUACAAGGACUCCUCUGUUAUAAGAUACGCUACUCGUGUCAAAGGGGUGCUGACAAGGGGAAAGCUCAGUAGUGUUGAAGGAAUGAAGACUAAAGUCCUGGUAUGGGUUAAAGUCACUAAUGUGACCGUUGAGAGCUCCAAGUCAGACAAGGUUUGGUUCACGGCUGGUGUGAAGAAAUCAAGACCAAAGGAAGCAUAUGAGAUUCCUCGUGAUGCCAUUAAAGUGGAAGAGUUUUAAGGACAGAAUAUCAGAUAUCAUGCUUGCCCAUUUUUCAGUAUUAUGUGUGUGCAUGACCUUAUUCAUUAGUACAUUCAUAUGUGCACAUAAGUUUCAGAUAUCUGUUCUUUUAUGAGGAAGAUCAAUGGGAAAAAUUGUUUUCUUUUCCCAACUCUUUCGGCCAAUAAUAUCUUGAAUGCCGCCU